UCAUGCCAUGCUUGAGCUACCACAGAACCCUACUUGUUGUCCUUGAUAGGCAGUUUGGCCACCUCUCGGCAUCGAAGAUGAAGAUUGGCAAGGGCACGGAGCUCCUGAAGAAGGUGGCUGAGACAUGCAGGAACAAGACCAGCGUGGUGGCAGCCAGGCUCCUCGUCCUCGUGUCCCUCCGCCGCCGGAUGGCCACUGUCGGCGCCUUCUCCCACAGUAUCCAUGCGCUUGUGGCUGCCGCUGACCGGGAGAAUGGUGCCAGGGUGGACUGCAACAAGGCUCUCGUGGUGCGCACGGUCCAGAAGACGCCAGCGCUCCAUGGUGGUGAGAUUGUUGUUAAUAUCUCUCAUCAACUCGCACUGUUUGAUCAAGGGAAUGAUGGUGAUGGUGGCUGCACUGAUUGGACACUACACCCCAUCUUCAAUGACGAUGAACACAACUGUUGUUACACCAAUGAUUGCGAGGUGGACGACGAUGAAGAUGACGGUGAUGUGCUACUCGACGAGUGUGAUGAAGACGUCGACGACCAACCGUCGGUCAUGGAUGUAAUCCGGAAUAACCGAGAGGCACAGGGUUUGGAGUUCAGCAUUGACAACGAAAUAGAUCAGGCUGCUGACAUGUUCAUCACAAGGUUCCGGAAGCGGAUGAAUCAGAGCUUCUAGUGAUCUUGUGAGCUCAUAUCUAUCUGUUUGUAUGACAAAGUCUGAAGCGUACGUAUACCGAGCUAUCAGUUGCUAAUAGAGGUACGGUAGAUGGUGGGUGUGAGCUAGACUUGUAUACCGUAUUCAGGUAGGGAGAAAAGGAGAUGGACAUAGGUUGUCUGCCGGAGAAUAGACAUUAUUUUUAGUUAGCUGUACGUGCAUGCUUAUUUAGCAAGUGUGGAUGAUAGCACACCUAGCCAAGUGUGGAUGAUGGCACACCUAGGAAGGAUCUUUCACUAGCUUGUUCAGUAGCAUUGUUUCUAAUAUCUUGUACUACAAGAUUGCUUCAUAUGUUCUCAACUUUGGUUGCAUGCCAUUGUUAAAAUAGAUUGCCAUUUUUUGCAAAUAAAGUUGAUCUUUAUCUCAUGCUUGAAUUUAUAGGUGAUGGAAGUGCACCCUAUCUUAAUAGGGUGAGCAUUGAUGAUGCCACAAGGAGGGAAAAUGUCAACCCCGACAAUGAAGAUGACAUUCUGAUGGGGAAUGAUUCAGCUCCAAGAGAGACAACUUGGAAAGGUCAAUAGCAUGAUCUGCAUUUUGUUAAUUGUGUUUAAUUUUUUUGUAUGGACAUUAUGAUGCUUUUAGAGAGGAAAAUUUUAAAUAAAAAAUGUAUUAAUUCUAUUUAAAGUUAAAAUUGUGCUAAUUCUGUUUGUUAUGCCUUGUUAGCUUUUACUUGAUUUUGUUAUGCAUUAAGAGUAAAAAAUGUGCCAGGUUCCUUUUUUCUGCCUUAUUAUCUUUUUACUUGAUGUUAUGAUGCAUUUAAAGUAUGAAUGUUGUUUAUUCUGUUGUAAAAAUUAUGCUAAUUCUUGUUACUGUCCUGGUUCAUUCUUUUUAUUCCUUACUCAACUUUUGAAAAACUUGAGUGGGUGCUAGUUACCACCGACUGGGAAUUUAAAUACCCACUAGCGUCAGUGCGGGCUCUGGAGAGAAUUGAGGCCUUAUCGGAUCAUGCUCCAUUGCUUACUGAUUUUGGUCAAGCCGCUCCCAGUAUGAACCGCCAUCAGUUCAAAUUUGAACUGGGAUGGCUCACUAGAGAGGGUUUUCAUGAGUUGGUAAAAAAGGUGUGGCAGCGCCAAACUCGUGGUGACACACCAAUUCAACGAUGGAACAACCGUAUUCGUGCGUUGCACCAAUUCCUUCGCGGUUGGGCCAAACACACCGCAGGGAUUUAUAAAAAAGAGAAGUUGCGGCUCUCUACCUUAA